GCGAAGCGCUUGGCUUCAGCGCCGGGCGUGACCGUGCGCCGUCCCACCUCCGAGGAGUCUGUCUUCGACGCCCCUCCGGGAUUCUUCGCCAUCCACCUCAAAUCCCUCGAGUACGGAUUCCGCUUCCCCCUCCAUCAGUUAGUCAAAGAUGUUUUCCUCCAUUUUGAUUUUCUCCCUUGCCAAGUCAUGCCCAAAUCCCACCGCUACUUGGCGGGGUUCCUUAUUCGUUGCCAAGGGACCGGGGUUUGGCCCGACCUGGUCCGCUUCUUAUUGCUUUUCCGGUUGGCGAAAUCGUCUGGCCGGGCGAACUCCGACUCAGGCUCGUAUGCCUCCGUCUCCCAAAGGCAAGAGAAGCUUUUCAAGACGCGGAAGGAUUCCGCCAAGAGUUGGAAAGAGAAGUUCGUCUUCAUCUCUCUCUCCUCGGGCUCCCCCUUUCGUAUAGAGCCCCUCAGUUCCUUACGUCUCCAUUCUGCGUGCGUCACCUCGGACAAGAUGCUCGGGGAUGUGGAGACGCUCUGCCAAGGGGGGCCCUUCGAAGUCGGCUCGCUAGUGACGAACGAGGCGUUGGCGGCGCUCGGCUUCGUCUUCCUGUCCCCGGAAGACACCCAACGAAGCAUUGAAGAAGGCCCCUCAGGUGAAAUCAUGCUUUCCAACGCCGAGCGGGUGAAGCUCAUGUUCCCUGAUGCUUCGAGCAAUAACUCCCAAGUUCCUGCUUCGGGUUCCCGUCCCCUGACUCCUCUUGUGAAGCUGACCUCCGAGAUAGCCUAGAAGAAGAAAAGGAAGGAAACGGCCUCGGCUGCCGACGUUCCCCAGGGGUCCGAGUCCCCCAUGAUGAAGGACUUCGGCAACCCUAAGUACGUCAAGGCGGCCUUCCCUGCUCGGGUCUCCUUCUUAGAUGGGAACUACGACCCGGAGACCUUCCUACGCAGCUUCACUCCUCCCACCGAUCGCGCGAAGAUUAAGGAUCUCGACCGAAAGACUCUGGCCUCGGCCUCAUUUCACGAGCUGUGUAACACCCUAAUCCGUCCAGGUCUGCAACCCCGUUCAGACUAAAGUAUUAACUUGGUA